ACGCCUUGUUUCUAAUCGGUGUCAUUUCGCCUGCGCACCGCACGAGAAGCGCCGCAUUUUGCAUCUUCCACAUUUAAGUGUGAAGUGUGAAGACACAGAUGGCGAAUACAAAGGUCCCAGAAGUUCGUGACAUAACACGAAUUGAGAGAAUUGGUGCUCAUUCUCACAUUCGUGGCCUUGGUUUGGAUGAUGCUUUGGAGCCAAGACAGGUGUCUCAGGGGAUGGUGGGUCAGCUGGCCUCUCGUCGGGCAGCAGGUGUCAUACUGGAAAUGAUCAAAGAUGGCCACAUUGCUGGAAGGGCAGUGCUUAUUGCAGGCCAACCAGGCACUGGAAAAACUGCAAUUGCAAUGGGUAUUGCCCAGUCUCUUGGCCCUGACACCCCUUUUACAGCUCUAGCAGGAAGUGAAAUCUUCUCACUUGAAAUGAGCAAAACAGAGGCACUGAGUCAAGCUUUCAGAAAAGCUAUUGGCGUCAGAAUUAAGGAGGAGACUGAAAUAAUUGAAGGAGAGGUAGUGGAAAUACAGAUUGACAGACCAGCUACAGGAACGGGUGCCAAGGUUGGAAAGCUGACUCUCAAGACCACUGAGAUGGAGACAAUAUAUGACUUGGGCAAUAAGAUGAUUGAAAGUCUUAGCAAGGAGAAAGUUCAAGCGGGAGAUGUUAUUACAAUUGACAAAGCCACUGGAAAAAUAAGCAAGUUGGGCCGCUCUUUCACCCGAGCCAGAGAUUAUGAUGCCAUGGGAGCUCAGACCCAGUUUGUGCAGUGUCCUGAAGGCGAGCUUCAGAAGAGGAAAGAGGUGGUUCACACAGUUUCUCUUCAUGAGAUCGACGUAAUCAACAGCCGCACACAGGGUUUCUUAGCCCUCUUUUCAGGGGACACUGGUGAAAUCAAAUCUGAGGUCCGAGAACAGAUUAAUGCCAAAGUCUGUGAAUGGAGAGAAGAGGGAAAAGCAGAAAUCAUCCCUGGGGUGUUAUUUAUUGAUGAGGUUCAUAUGCUGGACAUGGAGUGCUUCUCUUUUCUCAAUCGGGCUUUGGAGAGUGAUUUGUCCCCAGUCCUUAUUAUGGCCACCAACAGAGGCAUAACUCGCAUCCGUGGCACAAAUUACCAGAGCCCUCAUGGAAUUCCCAUUGACCUACUGGACCGACUGCUCAUCAUUGCCACUUCUCCGUACAAUGAGAAGGAGACGAGACAGAUUCUCAAGAUCCGAUGUGAAGAAGAGGAUGUGGAGCUGAGCGAAGAGGCACACACUGUUCUGACCCGCAUAGGCAUGGAAACGUCACUGCGCUAUGCAAUUCAGUUGAUCAGCACAGCUGGCCUGGUCUGCCGCAAACGCAAGGGCACAGAGGUACAAGUGGAGGACAUCAAACGUGUUUACUCCCUGUUUUUGGACGAGGCUCGAUCAUCUCAGUACAUGAAGGAAUAUCAGGACUCUUUUCUCUUCAAUGAAACGCAAUCGGGUACUAUGGAUACCUCGUAAGAAUGCCCUGUUUUCCUCUUUUUUCAUGUCAUGUGCCCAUUCCAAUGUCAAUUUGACAUCAGUUUUCCCUGAACUGAUUCGUAAUUCUGCCUUUUUUUAAUUAAAUGUUUCCUACUGUAAAUUUAAUUAAUGAAAAAAAAAUCCCUCUUAUUGUUGGUUCAUUUGAGUGUCUUCCACCUAUUUUAUUAAAAUAAUUUUGCUUCUCAAAGAAUAUAA